CAGAAAGUUACGACACAACAACAGCUUUUGUCCUCAUAAAAGUGCACAAAGGGAGGCAUGAACGCCAUCUAACCUCACUCCGGAGACUUUUUCAGGUGUAAAGAGAAAACCUUACAUCCUUCGUAUCAGUCGAGCAGAUCCGUGUUUUUGCUCCGGUCGAGAGGAGCAUGCAGUCGCAGAAGAAGCACCUGCUGGAGGGUCUGAUCCAGGCGGCGCUCCUGCUCAGCCUGUGCGGGGUGAGGGUGGACGUGGGGCUGGACCCGGGGCCCCUGCCUUGGUCCGAGAGCCUGAUCCUGGGGCCCACGUCCGCCCUGACGCCCACGCACCUGCACAACCUGAGGAACGCGCUGGAGGGAGGCGCCGAGCUGCACCCCAAACACCCGGACCUGGACGCCUUCUUCACCUCCAGGCGUCUGCUGGGCUUCGUGCGCUCGCUGGACCGGCUGCAGGUUCCUCAGGCGGAGCUGGAGACGUGGCUGGUUCAACAGGACCCCGCUCCUCUACCCGUGAGACUGCACCACACUGCCCCCAACAGGCUCAUCCUGCCAGAGCAGACCCGAGACCAGGACUGGGCCGAGACCGGAGACGAGCCCCGAGACCAGGACUGGGCCGAGUCCGGAGACGAGCCCCGAGACCAGGACUGGGCCGAGUCCGGAGACGAGCCCCGAGACCAGGACUGGGCCGAGUCCGGAGACGAGCCCCGAGAGCAGCAGUGGGACGAGCCCGAGGACUUCCACACACAGGCGUACAGGCGGCAUGGGGACACGGCAGACGAGGACAUGGAGACACGAGAGACACACGGGACACGGGACUGGGGCCAGGACGAGGCCGGAGACGGGGGACAGGCUGAGGACGACCAGAGCUCUGCGUCUCUGCAGGAGUGUUUACGUCUGCUCGAGGCCUUCCCCCUCACGCAGGAGCAGCAGGAGCUGGUGUGUAACUCAGGAGCCCAGAGCACAGAUCUGCCUCCUCCUCCUCCUCCUCCUGCUGCUCACGGCUCGACGUACAUGGAGCAGCAGUGGCAGGACCUCCUGGACCUGCUGGAGCCUCAGAAUCCUGACGUCGACAUGGAGAGUUUCCUGGAGCAGACUCAGCUGACCCCAGCGGCACAAGGAGGCCCUCUAAUGGACGACUUCCUGCAGCACGGUGCAGCAGGUUCAGACCAAGAGCUGCUCCCCCUGCUGCCCAGUGACCAGCUGGACGACCCCGCGCCCUCCCCCCUCCUCCUCCCGCCGCACGGCCCCUCCCUGCUGCUGGGCGACGAGGACCUGGACGGGGAGCUGGACGGGGAGCUGGAGGAGCUGCUGGGGGACGCGCAGAUGCUGGAGGAGAUGAGUCUGCUGGACCUGGCUCUGGAGGGGGGCUUCGGGGACGAGCUGACCGAGAGGCUGGAGGAGCACGGGUACCUGGACCCGGAGCUCACGCAGCGCACCAGCCGGCUCAGCCUCAUCAGCGGGGACGGGAGCAGGACGGGAGCAGGGACGGGAGCAGAGACGGGAGCAGAGACGGGAGCAGAGACGGGAGCAGAGACAUGGAGGAGGAGGAGGACAUCCACACCAUCCAGCCAGACGCCGAAGAGGAGCUGGACUCGGACUCUGGUCUUUCUCUGGACUCCAGCCACAGUCCCGCGUCUCCGAGCCACUCUGAAGCCUCCUCGUACUCCUCGUCGUCCUCGUCUUCGUCCGCCAGCAGACCUCCCCCCGCGGAGCUGCAGGUCACCGUCAAGGAGGAACCGCUGGACGAGGAGGAGCUGGGGGCCGUGGGCGGACGCCACCGCCCCCAGCUCCAAGACUCCAAACACGCCUUCUCCUCUCCCUUCCGCCCCGACCAGAAGCUUUUCGAAGGCUUCCCCUGGCUGGAGCAGAUCAGCCACGACCACACCUACAACCAACCUUCACGAUUCUCCGCGAAGAUCCCCUCCAAGCAUCUCAAGUCCUCGCCCAGGCACGACAAAACCGUACCACCUCCCCAAGCACGUCUGGAGCCGCGACGAGCGACGAGCCAGGGCCCUGAAGAUCCCCUUCUCCAACGAGCUCAUCGUCAACCUCCCCGUGGAGGAGUUCAACGACCUCCUCGCCAACUACGACCUCAACGAAGACCAGCUCAACCUCGUGCGAGACAUACGGAGACGCGGGAAGAACAAGAUCGCGGCGCAGAAUUGCCGAAAACGUAAAAUGGACACCCUUCAAGGUCUGGAGAAAGACGUGACGAUGCUGAGAAGGCGUAAAGCGCGUCUCCUGAAGGACAAGCAAGAGGCGCUGAGGACUCUCCAGGAGCUGAAGCAGCGCCUGACCGGCCUCUACCACGACGUCUUCUCCGGCCUGAGGGACGGAGAGGGUCGGCCUCUGGAUGUCCACGAGUACAUGCUGAGUUUCGAGAGCGACGGGAGCGUGGACGUGGUGUCCAGGAGGCGAGGGAGCAAAGAGAAGAGCAGGCGGAAGCAGAAGGACAAGAAGUGAGGAGGAAGUAGACGGAGCGAGAGUCUGGGAAAUCUUAGGAGAACACAAAAAACGUUCUGAAAAUAGGUCUAAAAAAAAAAAAAAAAAGGUUGGGUCGGUGAAAUUAAAGCUCGCCCAAAGAGACGGGAGUGAAAAGACCGGGAAAAAAAUCAGGAACGGGGUGAGACAUUUGUGGAGGUGUUGUAAAACUAAGCUCCUCAAAGUCUGGAGCGAUGAUUCUCGAGGGUGGUUCUCUGUGGGGAUGAUAGAAAACCCGGGGUAGAGACCGAGGCGUCGGCCCCGUCUCGCAACGCCAAAGAUAAUGAGCCCAAGGAUGUUUCAAUUCGAGGGUGUGAACCGGGAGCGGAGUGACUGGAAUCGUGGGACUUGGUCAAAAAUGUCUCAGAAAAGCCACAGGAAAAAAACAAAAAAAAAACAAAUGCUGACUUUAAAUAAUGUCAUGUUUUUCGCUUAAAUCUCGUUUAUGAUCGUCAGAGGUGGGAACAAGUCGUCGUUUUGUAAGUCUCAAGUCCUAAGUCAAAAACAGGCGAGUCCAAGUCGAGUCUUGAGUCACUGGCCCGUAAAUCCAAGUCCAGUCCAAGUCGUCUGCUUUGAGCUUCAAGUCAUUUCAGGUCUUUAAAUCAGGGGUGUCCAAACUUUUGUCAUCAAGGGCCACAUCUCUAAACACAGACGAAGCCGAGGCCGAUCGAGGCCGUAGACUGGAGCUCAGUACAGUGAAGAAUUAAAAUAUGUGCAGGUUUAACACGUUAGAAUGAACCAUCAGUCUUUAUUCACUCUAAGAUCCUUAAAACCAAACACUAAAUUAAUAAAAAAUUUAAAAAUUUCUUUAAAAAUUUAAAUUAAAAACACUAAAUAUUUGCUUUAUCAAGGUAGAUUUUCAAAAAAAACUUGCAGGGUCAAUUCACCUGGAAGCCUGAGGGCCAAGAAACAUGUGUCUGUGGGCCUCAUUUGGCCCCCGGGCCAUAGUUUGGACAUGCCUGAUUUAAACCAAAGAAUCUAAUGUAGCUUAGAUUUUUUCAAUUUAUAUGACUUUAAAAAAAACUGUACUUAUAAAAUGAUAGUAUAUUUAUAUAUGAGUAUUUAUAAAGUAUAAGUAGCAAAAAUGAAACUGUUUCCUUUUUAAAUGUCUGGACGAGGUCUUUGAAUCAUUACAGUCAGAAUAGAAAGAAUUCAGAUUUAAAAGUGCUUCUCAAGUGUCACAGGCCUCAAGACCGAGUCAAGUCCCAAGUCUUAGUCCAUUUGAUCAAGUCUCAAGUCCUAAAAACAGUGACUCAACUUUGACCAGUGUGACCAUUUACGUUUACGUUUGUCAAAACCAGGACAGCGUACGGGGGGAGGGGGGCGGGGCCUCGUCAUCGACACUGCGCGACUCUCACCUGGAAAAACUUUUUAAUGUUUGUCCUGGUGAGGUUUGAGGUUUGAGGUUUGAGGUCCCUGACACCGACACCGACACAUAUGUGCUGCUUUGUACCCUGUGCACACGGACUCACACUUGUCUCAACCGGGACGAAAAGCGGCAAAUUUCUGGUACAAAUUAUCGUUAAAUGUGCAUUUGUGUCUCGGCGCGUUGCAGACCGACCGACUGUUUGCGUCUCGCUCCUUCUGAGUCGCAGACGCUACGAGAGACGCUCAGUUUAAAUGUCCCGAUGAAAGGAAAUCAAACCUGAACAUUUGCAUCACUUCGUAACAAAACAAAAACGUACGGCCAGGACAGGACAUGGAAAUCUGACAUGUCCAGGAAAAAACAAACGUUCGGUCACCCCCAAGUCUGACUCAAUCCUCGGUUCCCACCUCUGAUUAUCGCAAUUAAAAAAAAUACAUUUUAAUUUAACGUAAAAUAAAACCAGAAAUUAUGUUUUGGAUAAAUAUUUUAGAAAAGGAUGACAUUAUAAUUAUGUGAAAUUCCUUUUUACUUUAUUCUUCACUAUAAAAAUGAAGCUUUUUUUUUUUAGUUUUAAUAUUUUUUAGUCUAAAUUAAGAUUUUUCUUGUUUGUCUAAAUUAAGAUUUUGUUUUUUAUUGAAGUUAUUUUAGCUGAUAUGGAUGUGUUUUGUUUUUUAGUUAAAUUUUUGUAUCUCAAAAUGCCUUGUAUCUGCUGGAGUUGGACACAAACACGUGAAGAAGCCCGGGUUGAAUGAUGAUUUUACCGACAAUAUUUAGUGUCAAAUGUCGUAAAACUCGUCCUGUUGUUGUGUUUAUGGUUUUAGUUUCGGCGGUUCUUUUCAUGCCAAGUACCACCAAGGACAAAUAUUUGGUUUCGGAGUCUAAACCUGGACUACGUCAGGGGCAAAACCAGGUCUAAAAGUGUCUAAAUCGUCGCUUAACCAUAAUAAAAGUGGAGCUCAUUAAUAAUUAACCUUAAAGUCGAUAAAAUGUCCCUCGAUAAACAGGGUGCGUCUCCAGAUUAAACAAAUAUUGACACUGCAGAGCGCCGUACGUCCAUUUGAGGGGAAAAAAAAAAGCACCGUCGGCUUUUUCACGUGUUUCUGUUCACUACCAGGUUUGUGCAAUUCGUUCUACCUCAGGAGACUUUGACUUUCGCACUUUUUUUUUUUUUUUUUUUUUUACGCUGGAGGUGGCUGGGCUGGACCAAGUCAAACUGUUUUCAUUUUUUGAAGCCUCAACUUUUACGAUCUCGUGCAUGUGGAGAUGUUUUUUUUCUUCUUUUGGUUUUCUUAAUAUGAAAAUGAAAAAAGAAAUGGGUUCUUCUCGAUAAAAGUCAAAUGAAUGUAUUGAUUCAAAUUGAAUUUUUUGGUUUUGUUUUGACCGUCGGUGUAACUGGUAGCUGUAAUUUUGACCCGAGUGCAUCACAAAGAUCUGUUUUUUUGUUUUUUUGAAAGUGCGCUGUAUUUGAUGUACGCCCCUGGACGGGUUUGUUUAAAUAAAAGUUUUUAUCUUAA